AUGACGCAAAAUAACUAUGCUCAAGGAAAAUUCGGGAGAAACAUCAAGCUCAACUGCAACGCUACCUUUCUAUGCAGAAACUGUCUUGAUGGGACAGUUAAUAAACGUGCAUGUAGUCAAGCUGGACUUCUAAAAGCUUACAAAAGAGCAACGGAAGAAAACAAGAACAAACAAUAUCCGUACAUGUUUCUGGAUCAAUCACCCCGAGGCCAUGCCUCGAGCUAUCGUCUCUAUACAGAUAUAUUCACCGAUUAUCCGGUUGUUUUCUCAGUUAGCGGAAUGAAGGCCUGCAUCGUACCAUACAACGAUUUCAAGCAGAAUUUCGAUAUUAUCGCCAGAGACAAUACUUUCGAAGCAGUCGAAAAGAAACAUGAGAAGAAAUACCCGGAGUGCAAAACUAUUGAGUCAACAAGAGUCAAAUCAAAGAUCAGAUGCGACAGUUUUACCGAAGACUCGUCAGAGUCGGAGGUUGAAAGGUCAAGAUCCAGAAAGCGAAACAAGAAGUCGAGUAACGACAAGAAAUCAAAAAGGAAAGCAAAGAAGCGAAGACGACAUUCAACCUCAAGCGAAGCGUCUUCGGAAACCGACGAGGAAGAGAAAUCAAAAUCAAAAAAGAGUAAGCGAAGACGUCCUUCAACCUCAAGCGAAUCAGAUAGCGAAAACAUCAGCUCAGACGAAGUCGAUUCAAAAUCAAAAAAAUCGAAGCGAAGAAGAAAUUCAAGCUCAUCCGAAAGUCCAACCUCCGAAGAAGUCAGCUCUGGAGGAUCAGAUUCAAGCCCUGUACGAAAACGUGGCAAGCGCUCCAGCAUUCUCAGCGAAAGUAGCGGAAUUUCUCCGGAAGAAUAA